UAACAACACUCUUUGCAAGAUUCACCGAAUCCGGCGGACAGCCUAUCCUGCCGUUCUUCCUUCUUACACAUUAAACCGGAAGCUCUUCGAGUGAUUUAGAAGCAGGGUCUGUAUCAAUUUCUUGAAAACAAUACAAGAUGAAUGCAGGGAUGUGUAGCUCGACAACCAUCUUUCUUGUGUGUACCUUUUUAGCACUAUUGAGUAGCGUUUUUGGACUGAAAAUCGAUCCGCAGAAACCACAAAAUUUCGUUAUCCUUAUGGUGGACGACCUUGGAAUCGGUGACGUAGGAUGUUUUGGAAAUGAUACGAUCAAAACGCCAAAUAUUGACAAACUUGCAAGUGAAGGAGUAAAGCUUGAACAUGGCUUGGCUGCGGCGCCAGUUUGCACACCUAGUAGGGCUGCUUUUUUAACAGGUCGAUAUGCUGUUCGAUCUGGUAUGGUUGGAUGGCCAAAUGAUAAUAAAGUCCUCGUUCGAACUGCUCUGACAGGCGGACUCCCCUCCGAGGAGGUCACCUUUGCCAAGAUCUUGAAGCAACAUGGGUAUAAAACAGCAUUCGUAGGUAAAUGGCAUCUUGGUAUGAGCUGCAAUACGUCCAAGGAUUUUUGCCACCACCCAAAGAAUCAUGGAUUUAGCCACUUUUACGGACUACCCCAUACUAACCAAAGAGAAUGUGCAGAUAACUUCUCCCCCGAAUUGAAUGAUUUCGACAAAAUGCUGAAGACGCUUUUCACUUCAUUUGUUGUAAUAUUCCCAGCGUUAAUCGCAUUGACUAGAUUUGGUAUGAUUAAGGUCGCGGUGGUUGCUUUUCUUCUCCUGUCUUACUUGUUCGUUAUCUAUGUGCCAGAAAUGGCGAAUAUUGUGGCCAGUAACUGGUUUGACUGCAUACUAAUGAGAGGCAAGGAAGUUGUAGAGCAGCCGAUUAAUCUUGGUACGUUGACGCACAGGCUCACAUCAGAUGCAACAGAGUUCAUUGAGAAACACCAAGAUGAUCCGUUUUUGCUUUUUAUGUCCUUUGCCAAGGUGCAUACUGCGUUGAAAACUAGCGAAAACUUUGUGAAUCACAGUAAACAUGGAAGAUACGGCGAUAAUGUUGAAGAAAUGGACUGGGCCGUCGGUAAGAUUUUAAGCAAGAUUGAAGAGCUUGGCCUUUUUGAUGAUACGAUGGUAUAUUUCACCUCUGACCAUGGCCCACAUCUCGAGGAAGUUGCAAGAGAUGGUGAAAUGUGCGGGGGCUUUCAAGGCAUCUUCAAAGGUGGAAAAGGGACGAAUUGGGAAGGUGGUAUCAGAGUCCCUACAAUAGCUCGAUGGCCAAAGAGAAUACCUCCUGGUACUAAAACUGAUGUGCCAACAAGCAGUUUGGAUUUCUUUCCAACAGUGCUAAAAGUGGCUGGAAUAAAAGUUCCGGAAAAUAGAGUCCUGGAUGGAGAGGAUAUUCUAGAAGUUUUGACUGGCAAAGCUUCAGAUCGAUUUCAAGAAAGGUUUAUUUUUCACUACUGUGACGCAGUGAUUCAAGCAGUAACAUUUGCAGAUAACGAAAGUUCCAAGGUCUGGAAAAUACAUUACAUAACUCCGCAAUUCAGUCCAGGAACAGAAGCAUGCAUGCAACAUUUUCUUUGCCCUUGUUUUGGUGAGGGUGUAAAUAUACACGAUCCUCCUUUAGUAUUUGACUUAGGCUCAGAUCCCGGGGAGAAGAGCCCCCUUGAUACAAACACAGCUGUUAUUCGACGUUUGCUACGAAAAACAAAGUCUGCAGUGGAAAGACACAAUCUGACAAUACAAGCAGUCCCAUCACAGUUAUCGUCGCGAGCAUUUCUUCCCUGGAUGCAGCUUUGUUGCAAUCCUCCGUUUUGCUCGUGCAAGGAAAAUUUUCCCUUCGAACUUAUACCUUUUGACUAAGGACCUUUAGCAGUUUAUCCACAAUAUAAAUUUCAAUCUGAAUCAAGGUGGAACAGAAAA